ACUGCGCAUGCGCGGAUUAAUACCCGGAAGCUGAGUGACAGAAGAGUUUGGCGAGAGUAUCAUAACAUGCCGAUGUUGUCACCUCAGCCAAGGAAUUACACAUCAUUUUAAAGCGAGUGUGCACUGUAACGGACAGACAGACAGACAGACAGACAGACUCCAAAGACAGACCCCGACGCUGAAACGGCAAGAUGCCUGCCAGACACACCAUCACCAAUGGGGUCCCCAGCAGCAGAGUCCGCUACUCCAAACUGGCCAACGACGAUGACGGAUACAUUGACCUACAGUUUAAGCGCUCUCCUCCGAAGGUUCCGUAUAAGGCCAUCGCCUUGGCAACCGUCCUCUUCCUGAUUGGCUCGUUGCUCAUCGUCAUCGGGGGGCUGCUGCAGGCCGGAUACUUCCACGUACAGCAUCAGGACCGCACGGUCCCCGUCCUCAUCAUCGGCAUCCUGGUCUUCCUGCCGGGCUUCUACCAUCUGCGCAUCGCUUACUAUGCAUCCCGCGGUUACCGUGGCUACUCCUACGAAGACAUCCCCGACUUCGACUGACCACGUCACUGAUGACGACGCGGCACCUCACAAUGCCAUGACAACUGGACUGUUGUGGAAAGAGAAGGGACGGGACGGUGUGUGUGUGUGUGUGUGUGUGUGUGUGUGUGUGAGAGAGAGAGGUGAUGAUGUGAUGGAUAAUUAUUUAAAGGUAGAGGAUGUAAUAUUUUACAUUUGGACAGGGCUGUGUGUGUGUGUGUGUGUGUGUGUGUGUGUGUGUGUGUGUGUGUGUGUGUGUGUGUGUGUGUGUGUGUGUGUGUGUGUGUGUGUGUGUUUGUGUUGGAGUUACAUGAUGAUGGGAUCGAUGAGUAUUAAAACUUUUGUCGUUUUUUGUAACUAGUUUUCAGGUGCCCAUUCACAAGUGUUACCUUUUUCUAGAAUAUUUACCACCACCAUCAAUAUCAAAGUAAAAUUCAUUAGGAAGGAACACUUAGACUUUUACUCAUAAAUGAAUUGGUGGGUCUUUGUCAUUACAUAACGUUACAUUACAUUAUUACUUGCUUCAUGUUCGCCAUUUUGAAUUAGCAGCAAUAGACAUCUUAGGCUGCAAAACUUUCUCUGCUUUGUUCAGACCAGCAAAUAGUAGUUCAUUACUUUAGUAAGUAUUCAUGGAAAGAUGACAUUUGUGAAUGGGCAACAUACUCUUUAGAAAAUAACCUACUAUAAUGACAAGACAGAUGUAAUUUUAUACUGUAAAUACUUGAUUGUAAAAUGUGAGGGAUAUGUCUGGUCAGCAGUCUGUAUGGAUGAGUUUAGUAAAGCUUCAUUCUAGAAUAAUAUACUACAUGAGACAUACACACAGCAGACACUGGAACACACAGUCAUUCUAGAAUACAGACACUGGAGACAUUCUAGAAUAUAUGGACACUGGAAUACACAGACAUUCUAGAAUACAGACACUGGAAUACACAGUCAUUCUAGAAUACGGACACUGGAAUACACAGUCGUUCUAGAAUACAGACACUGGAAUACACAGUCGUUCUAGAAUAUUUACACUGGAAUACACACUCAUUC